CAAAGCUUGGCUUUUUACUCUUUCUCCUCCUCUCUUUAGGUGGUUUCAGAAUCUAAAAGGUAGGGUAGAUACCCUUUUGUAACCUAUGUAGGAGAUAAGAAGAGGAAGAUUUAAGAGACCAAAUGAAGAGGAAAGGAGAAGGGUCUGACAAGAAGGGCUCAGGGAUAAGGUCUGCCAUUGAAGAGCUUUCCUCAGUAGUCAGAGAUAAACCUGGCAUUCAUCAGGAUACAGCCCUCAUGAUCCCUUCCAAGCCCUUUCUCUCCACCUGCAACUUGCUUCUUCAAGUUCUUGAUAAGAUUGGGCCAACAAUGGUGGUAUUGAGACAAGACGUACACCAGAAUAUUCAGAGAUUGGAGAAGCUCUGUGAAUCAGAUCCUUCAAUCCAUUCAAAUUUGGUUGAAGUUUUGAAGAAAGAGGAUAGCGAGGGGACUGCAAGAAAGCCUACCAGUUCUUCAAGAGCCUUGGUUUGGCUCACCAGGUCUAUGGACUUCGCAGUAGCUUUGUUAGACAGAUUAGUAAAGGAUCCAAACCAGCCCAUUGAGCAAGCGGUGGAGUCUUCUUAUGAUAUUGCACUGAAACCAUGGCACGGUUGGAUUGCUUCAGCUGCUUAUAGAGUUGCUCUCAAGCUGAUCCCUGAUAGAAAAACCUUCAUUUCCUUGCUCAUGGCUGAAGAUGAAGACUAUGACCAGCUAAAGGAGGAUGUGCAGUGCUUGGUUUCUUUGCUUUUGCCUCUUUUAGAUGACAUUCACUCUGUCCUGAGAAGCUUUCACUUGGACAAGUUAAAAUCCAACUAAGUAGAGAACAAAUAAGAAAUCGAAUUGGUUUUUCUUUCUCCAACAUAAUUUCAUGUACAAAGUGUUAAUUUUGCCUACUCUAGAUCUCUAUUACUCUUCAAUCUUAUGUACAUAUACAUGUGUUUUAAUUUUCUUUACUAGUAAAUUUGUAUUAUUCAAUAAGCAAAAACUCAUGCAAAUAAUGAUUACAACUGUACAAAAGCUUAAACUAUAUAUUGGGUGUGGAAGGAUUCACAGGUAUAUGAGACCAGAUGGAGGCAGCAACAAUGUUUGC